CAUACUAUAUCUGUAUAUUGCCGUGUGUUGUUAUUGUACUGUUUUUGCGACUUUAAGUAUGCAUGUGAUGUAACAAAUGUGGCUUUUAUACAACGAGACGUUUAGUAUAUAAACAAUAAAAGUCAACACGAUGUUUAUCCUCAAAUAUAGCAUUGGCUAUGAAUUCCAUAGCUAAAUAUUUUUUCCGCCUCAAGGAAUAUGAUGAAUGAAUCUAAUACCAGGAAGCAAGAUGGAGACGAGUCUUUUGAUCUUACGGAAUGGCUUACAAACGAAGUAAAGCUGCCGCAAUACCGCGACGUGUUACUCGAAAACGGCUUUGAAUUACCUCUAGAGUGUUCAAGCAUUGAUGAAACGGUGCUGGAUAAGCUAGGGGUCGUGAAAAUCGGACACCGAAAGCGACUGCUUGUUUCGUGUCAGAAACUUGCAGAUAAGUGGGGCCUAUCAUCACAAGAUCUCGCGAAGCCAGAGAAGAACUCAGACGCGUCAAGUAAAGCAGGAGAACAGCGCGCUAAUUUUAAUGUUGACGUUCAAUCUCCUGCCAAUUUAGAACUUCCUCCAUCAUUGCCUCCGAAAAAGGUUAAAAAACCAAGGCCAUAUCCACCACCGAGAAAUAUGGCCGAACAGGAAGUAAAUAACGACAACGCCAUAAUAGACGUCGAAGGUAAUUCGAAUGUAUCUGGAGAUGGUCACGAUGAAUUGAGGUUCGGUGUGUCCAAGCCCACAACUGCUGACUCGCAAAUUAAGGAGGUAAAGCCUAUUGAGAGCACUAGUAAUGGUGGGAGUACAGUACAUGAAAGAACAAAUAUUGAAACUCUCCCGCCAAUCCUUUCACCUGACAAUCUAGAGGCUUAUGAACCUAUUUGGGAGGCAAGUGAAGGGGAACCCCAGCCUAAAAGCCCACCCAUCAGUGAGACACAUAAAAGUGACCACAUAGAUGCAUUUGAUAAUAAUGCAAACUUGGAUAUACCCUCCACUGAUAAGGUCAAUAUUAAUAAUGAGGAGGAAAGUAGCCAGCAUAACCAAAUGCUUGAACAGCCAAAUUGCAGUGGUGGAGGUUCAUCUGGGCCCCCUCCAAUCCCACCUCGUUCUGAUCUUAGUGAUGACAUAAGUCAAGAAACAAAAAAAUCAGGCUCAGCCAUAACUGAUAAAGUAGCAACAGCACCAACUACUGUUUGUGAGAGUGAAUCAUUAGGCACCAUAACCACUCAGCCACCGAAAAAGAAAACACCACCUGCAAAACCACCACGUCGCAAUGUUAAACCUAUGUCAAUGUUUGUUGCACCGAACGAACAGCCUCAAUUUGUUCCUGAGCCACGGAGAAGCAUAGGCAGUAUGGAGCAGACUAUAAAAACAAAGAGCGAUGUCAUUUAUGAGAAUCAGAUCACCCCAAAUCCCAUUUCAGAGAGUGCAGAAAGGCCUCAAACAGCAGAUGAGAAGAGAUCAGUUUUUAAUCGUGUACCAACUGCUGAGGUCCAAACUGAUGCCAAUUUAUAUGACAAUGCAGAAAGUUUCAAGAAAGCACCUGUGAAGCAUACCGUGUCUGGGCCUGAAUUUUUAGGACCUGAGAAGAGUAAAAAACCAAAGCCAGUGCCAAGAAGUAGGACUUUGUCAGAUAAGAAACGCAAACCUAGUAUACCAGAACAGGAUUAUGUCUAUGAUGUUGUUGCAGACCCUGGUAACGAUGGAGGUAGCUGCACUGAGGAUGAUUUGUCAGGAAGCGACAGAGAAGAAAUGCCGGAGAGAAAAAUAUCUGUUUCAUCUACUUAUGAAGAAGUUGAUAAAGCUUCAAUAAUGCAAAAUAAUGAAUACGAGACACCUGGAGUUUCAUCACAAUACGAAACCGUCAAGCUACCUAGACCUAUGAGUGUUAUCCAGGCUCGCCAUUCAACGAAGGAGGGGUAUUUAUUCAAGCAAGGGGGGCAACAAAACAACAAGGGCUGGAAAAAAAGAUGGGUGGUGUUCGAUGGAAACGAACUUCGUUAUUAUAAGGACAAGGAUCAUACCCACGAAACACUACAAAGAGUAGGCGUGGCAAUAAUGAAGGAAGUACGGAUUGUUACAGAAGACACGAAACGUUCCAGGUUUGAUCUUGCCUGUGCUGGAAGAACUUACAUGUUUGCGUUAGGAAUAGAAGAAAUGGAUGCGAUUCAAGUAUGGGCGCAGAUCCUAAUGAGUGCCAUUAUUCAGGUCCGGAAAGAAGAUGAGACCAAUGUAUCUCAAAAUCCUGGAGGUGAUAUGUUUGAACCGGAUAAGAAGGGUUUCUUAAAGAAACAAGGGAACAAUGUUGUUGCUGACUGGAAAAAGAGAUACGUCGCUGUGAAAGACGGAAUGUUUGCGUAUUACCACAACUACGAGGAUUUCAUCGUGGCCAGCCCAAUCAAUACGAUUAAUAUGAACCUUGCUUCCGUUAAAGUGGAUCCUAAAUCUCCUAAUCGCUUGCAACUGGUCACACCUCACAGAACAUAUCUCUUCCAGUGUGACGAGGAACAGGAAUUAAAGUCGUGGGUUGCUGCUUUGGAGAAAGCGAUACAGCUAGCACUCAGCGAUAAAACGGUAAUCACCAAAGUCUGGAAAAACCCAAGCAACAGAUGGUGCGCUGACUGUGGGGAAAGAGAUCCAGUGUGGGCGUCAAUCAACCUGGUGGUAUGCGUGUGUGCUCGUUGUAUAGGCGUACACCGGAACUUGGGUGUUCACUCGUCGAAGCCAAGAUCAUUAUUGAUGGACGAAAAAAUCUGGAGUCCUAAUUUGAUUAGACUGAUGGUAGAAGUUGGGAAUGAGAAAUCAAACAAGUUUUGGCAGUUCCGGAUUCCUGACGAUGAUCGGAUCACUCCUGAAUCGUCCAGUGAGGAAAGGAUGGAAUUCAUUCGUAGAAAAUAUGUACUUCGGAUGUAUCGUCAUGUUUCAGCCAAGUAUGGUGACGCCGUUCAACUUGGAGAGGAGUUGAAGCGCUCCGUGCGAACGAACAAUAUUGAAAAGACAAUGCAAUUGGUGUUUUGUGGCGCCGAUGUCAAAUACAUAUCAAGCGAUGGUUCCGAGACUCGAACUCCCUACGAAUUAGCUGAGGAUGCUAAACAAGAACUUCAAAUGGAAUUUCUGAUGCAAAAUGGAGCGGUAAAUUCUGAACUGGAGCCUGUGCACACGCCUGAGCCAUUAAACAAUGAUGAUAACACUUACGAAACCGUAUUUGAGGUAAACACCACACAUGAACCCGUGGUCGCUACUGUACCUAUCGUCUAUGAGAAGGAGGGCUUCCUGCACAAGAAAGCACCAACUGCUGCAGUUUGGCGAAAGAGAUAUUUCAUGUUAAAAGGGCGCGAAUUGUGGUACGACAAAGGGGAUAAAGAUGGCCAUAGCUUAAUCAAACUGAAGGACGUUGAAGAAUAUACAUACAACGAUUCAUAUUUAUUAGACAUUGUUACUGCAGAGAGGACGUACAAUUUAAGAGCAGAUACGAAGGCAGACGCAUUUGGUUGGUACACAGCCCUCCGAAACAAACAGGUAUUUAGUGUUCCUCUCGAAUGCCAAGAACUUGGUUCCGACGGCAUACCGCACUUGGUCGCAAAGACACUUCAAUUUGUGGAAACGCACGGUCUCGAUGCAGAAGGAAUUUACCGCAAAAACGGAAACAAGGCAAAAAUUAAAAUUUUAAAGAAACUGUUCAACCAAGACGCCGAAUCAGUGAUGAUUUCUCGUGAAGAGUACGAGGCUCACGAUGUCGCUGGACUUCUGAAGGAAUAUUUUCGUGAACUACCAGAUCCGUUAAUGACGGAAGACGCCUACGCACACUUUAUCACUGCAAGUUUAUCGCCAGAUCAUAACGAGAAGUUGCAUAUGUACAAAGAUAGUCUUGCUCGGUUAGCUGAGGUGAACCGAACCACCUUGAAGGCUGUGAUUAAUCACUUAAUGAGAGUGUCCUCGCACUCGCAACAAAACAAAAUGAAGCUGGAAAAUAUUUCCCUCAUAUUUGGGCCAACGCUCAUGUCAAACGCAGAGAUGGGAGCCAUGGAUACCAGCACGAUCAAUCAGGAAUUUACCGUAAUCGGUGAUUUUAUCACGUACUACAAAUGGUUGUUUGAUGUUGGUGACGAUGAGAUGUUGAAAGAUCAGAAAAUCGCGGAGGCUAUGAGCAAGUUGUCUCAACUAUCUUCAAUAACUUCAAAAAGCAAUUUAUGCGAGUUCAAUUCAUUAACGUUGGAUAUAUACACCCCCAUUGCUGAUAGUGACAGCUGCCGAAUUACGGUGUAUUCAGACACAACUGCCAGUAAAAUUUGUCAAGAAUUGACAUCGAAAAAAGCUAUGCCACCAGAUUUGAACUGGGUGUUGUUUCAAACCGUGAAUGAAGAAAUAGAACGACCAUUUCCCGCUUUGGAGAAAGUACUGGACACGGUCAUAGAGACUGGAAAAUACACGCAACUUAGCAAGGGUAGCCGUUUGGUCGUAAAGGAAAACUAUCUUGAAGACAAAUUUAAAGCACACGGACUCCAAAAUGAUACGUCUCCUAGCAUCGGGAUUUACUGUCAAACAAUGAAAGAGGGGAAAAAAAAGGAGAAAUGGAAAAGAUAUUUUAUGAAGCUCGAAAAAGGAAUUCUGACAGUGCAUAAGAGUGCUGAGAGCAAAGAUGAGCAAGACAGCUGGCCCUUAUCGGAAACAACACUAUAUAUUGGUGUGGAGAAGGAUAAGAAACCAUAUACUGGAUAUGGUUUUACAAUCGUCCGAAUAGCAAAAGAUGGACAGUGUCUUUACAGAUAUGUGUGCUUUGACGACGAAAGGGAGCUGUAUAGAUGGAUACACAUGUUUUUAAAGUUAAAGUAUCCACAAAUAACGGAUUUGUGGACAGAUCCUACCCUAGAACCAAUUGGAUAUUACGCGGAGGCUUUGGCUGUCAAGCCUCCACUUCCUCGUCAGAGGGCACCGAGCAACAGGGUAGGUGGUGUGAGCGUGAUGUUAAAUGAACUUAAAGAGAGACAGUUAAGAAAUUCAGUCAGAAGAUAGAAUACGUAUACGAAUCGUGGCCUACAAAGCCAGUAACUGUUUUAAAUAUGGAUGAAUUCGUUUCUUAUAAACUUCUUAAAAUAAUAGUAUACGACAAUAAGUUUCGACAUGGUCGAUUUGUUGACUUUUAGCCAGCGUUCUAACCUGGUGCCUGAGACCGUUCUUGAGAAACCCGAGGAUGUAGUACCAUUCUUCAAGCACCAACGUAAAAUCAUCCGGGCACCGGUGCAUGGUACCUUUGAUGAAUGCUUGCUUUUAGUCGGUUGAAUCUGUGUGCCGGUUUACUUUUGUGAACAAGUAUUCUUCGUCGUCGUUUCAAAUAUAAUGCAGGUUCAGUUUGGACUACCACUUUCACUACCUCUCGUGGGUGAUUGGUUAACCUGAUAUACUGUAACUACUUAACCUGUAGCUACUUCCCGCAUUUGAUUGGUUCAUGUCUUCACGAUGGUAGUGGUUGUGGAAGUGACCGAAAGUCAAACAUGAACCUUGCUAUUAUAUACAAUUUAGUAUGUUGUCAACGGGUGUCUUAUGUAGUAUUAAGUUCAAUAGGAAAAAUUCUUUGAUUCUAUGUCUGAAUGGGAAGAAAAUUGGUCAGCUCUGACCAUCGUGUUAGGGUGAUUAAAAGCGUGCAAUGUUAACCCCAAUGAAAAGUAUAUAUAAUAAUUAAUUUGAGGUCUUCUCAAAAGACCUCUUGUGAGCCACCUCAAAACUUUUUUGCGUUCAAAAAUCGUAAAGUUUGUAACCGUAGAUAAAAUUACCAGUGCCAUGUAGAAAAAAUCGUUUUUCAGGGAAAAUUCAAAACUAUAUUUUUUUAUACGCCCAUGGUAAAGCAAAUGCAAAUAAUGUUAACUUGUAACUAGUGUGUUUCAAAACUUGUUUGCGUUGAAAAUCGUACAGUUUGUAACCGUAGAUAAAAUUACCAGUGUCAUGUAGAAAAAAUAGUUUUUCAGGGAAAAUUAGAAACCAUAUUUUUUUAUACGCCCAGUAAAGCAAUAUGCAAAUAAUGUCAACUUGUAACUAGUGUGUUUCAAUUAUACAGCUAUUUUAUGCAGAUGAGACUUCUAUUGAUCCUUAAAAUAUUCAUUGGAAAACAUAUUCAUAGAUUAGGUCUAACUGAGGGUUAGGAUAUUACACAUCGAUUAUAAUUAUGCAUGAAAUCAAAAACUGU